GUUGGCGGGAGCGCGUUCGCUUCAAACCGGCCAAUGGGAGCGCCGCACUUGUGUCAUAUUGGACUAGAGCAGAGGUCACCUUGAAUCAAAAUUGAUUCCUUUUUGAAACUAAGUUUGAAUUCGCGUUCUGAAAUCCCAGUGAAUGUCUUGAACUUAAAGCCCCCUGGUCAGAAUAAGAGACAAGAAGUCACGAUGGAAGGAAAGGCCGGGCAUAAGUUCGUGGGGCGAGGGGCCCAUAAGGGCAAAGGCAUCGCAGUGUUUACCAGUGGAGGAGAUUCACAGGGGAUGAAUGCUGCUGUCAGGGCUGUGGUCAGGAUGGGGAUUUAUUUGGGGUGCAAAGUCUAUUUUAUCAAGGAAGGCUACCAAGGCAUGGUUGAUGGCGGAAAAUACAUCGUUGAGGCCAAUUGGUCCUCCGUAAGCUCUAUUAUUCACAAAGGGGGCACUGUGAUUGGAAGCGCUCGUUGCCAAGAUUUCCGUGAACGCGCUGGACGUCUCAAAGCUGCAAAAAACCUCGUAGAAAACGGCAUUACCAACCUUGUAGUAAUUGGAGGUGAUGGGAGUUUAACAGGUGCUGACCUCUUCCGUCAAGAAUGGAGCUCUCUAUUGGAGGAAUUGGCCACCACAGGUCAAAUCACGAAAGAACAGCAACAGAAAUACCGCACGUUGCAAAUUGCCGGUCUUGUGGGUUCGAUUGAUAACGAUUUUUGCGGUACUGAUAUGACCAUUGGGACGGAUAGCGCCCUUCACAGAAUUAUCGAAGCUUGCGAUGCUAUAGUCAGUACGGCUUAUUCGCAUCAAAGGACUUUUAUUAUGGAGGUUAUGGGCCGGCAUUGCGGUUAUUUAGCAUUGAUCAGCGCGUUGGCAACUGAAGCAGAUUACGCUUUUAUACCGGAAAAUCCUGCUGACGUGAACUGGCACGAAAAACUCUGUCAUAAGUUGUCUCAGGAACGCCACAUGGGCCAACGUCUCAAUAUUAUUAUCGUGGCUGAAGGCGCUAUCGACCGGAAUGGAGACCCAAUCACUGCAGAAAUGAUCAAAAAAGUCGUCGUUGAUAAUCUCCAACAGGACACCAGAAUAACUGUUUUGGGGCACGUGCAACGUGGGGGCAACCCGUCUGCUUUUGAUAGGAUUCUGGGCUGUCGUAUGGGGGCUGAGGCCGUGAUGGCGCUAAUGGAGGCUGAUGAGAAUACAGAGCCGUGUGUGAUUUCCUUAGACGGCAAUCAGGCGAUAAGGUUGCCGUUAAUGGAUUGCGUGAAGCGAACAAAAGCCGUCUCACAGGCAAUGGCUGAUAAGAAAUUUGAUUUGGCGGUGGAAUUACGUGGAAAGUCAUUUAUGCGCAAUUUGGAGACUUAUAAGUUGUUGACUCGACUCAAGCCUCCAAAGGAUGCAUUUGAUGAGCAAGGACAUGGAAGGCGUCUAACUGAUCAUUGUUCGGAAGGUUUCACAGUGGCCGUAAUGCAUAUUGGGGCUCCUGCUUGUGGCAUGAAUGCCGCUGUACGUUCUUUUGUACGAAAUUUUAUCUACAGAGGAGACACAGUUUUGGGCAUUCAGGAAGGAGUUGAAGGUCUUAUCGCUGGCAAUAUAAAACAAAUGGAUUGGGCCGAAGUGGCUGGUUGGGUUGGCAUCGGGGGUGCAAAUCUGGGCACCAAACGCACCCUUCCUGGCAAUCGUAUGGGUUUAGUAGCCGCCCGAUUGGCCGAAUUUAAAAUUCAAGGUUUACUCAUUAUUGGCGGCUUUGAAGCAUUUGCAGCCGCUGUACAAUUUCUAGACAGCCGUAAAGAUUUUCCAGCUCUCAAUAUACCAAUCGUGGUAAUCCCCGGAACUAUCAGUAACAAUGUACCAGGGACGGAAUUUUCACUAGGUUGUGACACAGCCUUGAACGAAAUCACCGAAAUUUGUGAUAGAAUCAGACAGUCGGCUCAAGGCACGAAAAGGAGGGUUUUUAUUAUUGAAACCAUGGGCGGGUAUUGCGGAUAUUUGGCCACACUUGCAGGUCUCGCUGGGGGUGCGGAUGCUGCGUACAUUUACGAGGAAAAAUUCACAAUUAAAGACUUGCAACAAGAUGUCUACCACAUGGCUACGAAAAUGUCCGAAGGUGUACAACGUGGUUUAAUUUUACGUAACGAAAAAGCGUCAGAUAACUACAAUACCGACUUUAUCUACAGAUUGUAUUGUGAGGAAGGAAAAGGCUUGUUUAGUGCCAGGAUGAACGUUUUAGGUCAUAUGCAACAAGGGGGUUCCCCCACACCUUUUGACCGCAAUGUUGGUACCAAAAUGGCGUCCAAAGCGGUCGAAUGGAUGAUCAACCAAUUAAAAAGCAAUAUGAGUUCAGACGGCUCAGUCAGUUGUUCUAGUCAAGACAGCGUCGUUCUGUUAGGAAUCGUUAAAAGACAAUACAAGUUUACACCAGUCGCUGAGUUGAAAGAACAAACCAACUUUGACUUGCGUAUGCCUAAAGAGCAAUGGUGGUUGAAACUGCGCCCUCUAUUGCGUAUUUUGGCAAAACAUGAUUCGACAUAUGAGGAAGAAGGGAUGUAUAUGACGAUUGAGGAUCGCAGUUUUAUUAAUUAAAGGCAACCGUAGCCAUUUAUAGUGAAUUUGUAUUUUUUAGCUUGUUUUAUUUAUUUUAUUGUGUAGUUUAUUUUAUUAAAUGAGAUAUUGUAAACAAAUUUUGGCCAUAUUGUGAUGACAAUAUCGAUAUUUGAAGACGGGUCAAGUGUUACAAAGUACGAUUCGAGCUGGGUAUGUGGAAUGGACGUAUUAUAUUUCAAUAAAAUUUUAAUAAACUAUCAAAAAUU